AAAUAGAAUAAAAGCAUAUUAGUCAAUCGAUUCUUUGCUAUUUAGUUGAUGUCACUUUAAUUAACGCUACACUGUAACCGGAUGUAAGCUGGACAUCACUGAUCUGGCCUGGCCAGAACGAGGAAGUGAGUGGUACUCUUCCUGUGUGCACUACAGACCGAUGUAGCCAGUUAGCUUAACUAUUUAAAAGGAGCUUUGGCUAAAUUGCGUAAUUUUCAACGCACACUAACGAGACGAAAUCCUUAUGGUGUCAACAUGAAGAUUAAAUCUGCCAAGGAGUCUUUGCUAAGCAAAGUAAAGAGAGGAGGGAAACAACACGAUGUGGUCAGUGUUAAAACUGAAUCUGAAUCAGAGCUGCAGAGUGAAGUAGAGGAGGUGUACAUUAACAGAGCUGCUCUUAACAUCCAAAUCAAGGAGGAACCAUAUUCACAGGAGAUUAGUGAAGGCAACAAUGUAGACUCCUCAAGUCAUUUAGACAGUAAGCCUGAGACUGUGGCAUCCAGGUCAGAUGUUCACCAUCAACAGGGACCCAUAAAGGACGAGUGGGACUCUGACCCUCACCCAGAAUAUGAUUUGGCUGAAACUGAUGUCAAGGAGGAGUCCAAGUUGUGGAUUAAAGAAGAGCGAGACAGUGAGCAGGUGGCAUCGGGCAACAUCCAAGAAGAAAAUGGAGAAAAGGUCUGCACAGAGUCACCAUCUGAUGUUUAUCCAUGUCCUCACUGCACUAUCUCAUUUACUGACUUGGACUUUUUGGAGAAACAUGUCAAAUGGGUCCAUCAGAAACAGUAUCUUGCCAAGCUGAAAAAUUGCCUCUCAAGCCGCACACUUAACCUCAUCCCUAAACACACGUGCACAGUCUGCAGCAGCACCUUUAAAUCUAAAGUACACCUUAGGGUCCAUGUACGUGAAGCCCACCCUUCUGCCCCUCCCCGAAGGCUUUACCCCUGUCCAACCUGUGCACGCAGCUUCCAGUACCUGAAGAAUCUGAAGAAUCACUGUCAGCGUUGGCACACCAUGUCUGUAGUUACCAGAGGAGGGCAUCUCAGCUGCGCUGACUGUGGGAAGAGUUUCAAAGCUACCUGGGGUCAAGGGCCUCAUUUGUGUCAUGAACCGCAUAACACAGAAUCAGAGGAUAAGCCAAUCUGUCUGGACAUUGGUGUGCAGUGUCCAGAAUGUGGCAAGAAGAUGGGCACACCUCAAAGCCUGGAGGAUCACAUGCGCACCCACACAGGUGACCGACCGUUUGUUUGCAAGGAUUGUGGCAGAAGAUUCGUGGAGCGCAGCGGUUGGAGACAGCAUAUGAAAAUACACACAGGGGAGAAGACGUACAAAUGUCAGGUGUGCGAGAAGGCCUUUUUAAGAUCCCACCACCUCAAGUGCCACUUAACCACACACUCCAGCAAGAAGGAAUAUUCUUGCUCUGAAUGUGGAAAGGAGUUUGGAUUCAAGGCAAGCCUGGAUCUCCACGUGAGAACGCACUCCAGUGAGAAACCCUUCCACUGCACUGUGUGCGGGAAGAACUUUAACACAAAGCGAAACCUCAGGGUUCACACCAAACUCCACACCAAUGAAAAAGCUCACCAGUGUGGGGACUGUGGCCUGAAGAUCGGAGAUCUCGGGGCUUUGAAAAUACAUCUUCGCACACACACUGGAGAAAGGCCUUACCACUGCACAGUCUGCGGCAAUAGGUUUAUUCGCCUUGCACAUCUGCAAAACCACCAACGCACCCACACUGGUGAGAGACCCUACAAAUGCACUGAAUGCGACAAGAGUUUCACCCAGUCCGGUGACCUGGUGAAGCAUAAGAGGAUACACUCUGGGGAAAAGCCCUUUGAAUGCCCAGACUGCCACAAUCGUUACACUUCCUCUGGAGAUCUUGGCAAGCACAGGAGGAGUCACACUAACUUGCGUCCCUACACGUGUCAAGAAUGUGAAAAGAGCUUUCGCUUGUCAGGCCAUUUGAAAACUCACAUGUUAACUCACACGGGGGAGAAGCCUUUUUCCUGCCCCAACUGCCUCCGCCGGUUUGCUCGCUCGCACCAUCUCUCUGGGCAUGUGGCUAAAUGUCGCUGAGGUCUUUAAUGAGAGGACUGUAAAUAGCCAUGUUGAUCUCAAGUGGAAACUAUGGGAGCUGUAUAGAGCGUUGUGCUAGGUUUUUCAAUGAAGGGGUAAAAAUCAAAACUCAUCUGUAUACAAAUAUUUAUUUGAACUUUCUGUAACCCUCUUGACUCAGAUGACUAUUUUAACUUAUUGUGAAAAGUGAAUUGAACACAUGGCAUUAGUCAUGUUUGUUAUUGCAUGGAACAUGGGGUAGUGUAUUUAUUAAAGCACUAUCCCAGGCAUUGUAUCAUUUUUGUGUGCAGAGUAGGUCUCUAUAAUUUAGGUUUUAGGAUAGAGGCAGUGCUCGGUGGGACAUGCACAUAAUGGAUUGUUUCUUUUUCCACUGAUCAUUAGGGUUGGUUACCGAAACCUGGUUCCAAUAUGGUUUGGUUCCUCAUUUCGGUUCCACUUAAUGUGUUGAAAAAUAUCAAACUUUCUCUGUAGUCUACCGUUAGCUAGCUACCAUAAAAGUAGGCUACUUUUAAAAUGCCAUAUUUUCCCUUUAGGCUCACCAAAACGGACGUAAAAAGCAUAUUAACCAUUCACUGGAUUGCUAGUAAACCUGUAUAUGUAAGAAUUGGUUUAGGAAUUGUUUUGAAAGUACAGGUUCGCCAUUGGAAUUGAAAAUUCAAACCUACAAAUCAG